GUAAUGUUGGAUUGACCGAUUACCGACGAGACACCAGCAAUCAAAACGAAUCGGAUCCGCUGCCGUAAGGCGCGAAUACUGUCGUUACUCGUUAAUAUUGUGGAUUAUUGUCCUCGACACGCGCCGUUUAGGGACCAGGAUAUCCGUCUUCUCGACUCUCGAUCGGCCAUAGUGGCCGUACCCCGCCAUCGCGAUUCGCGAUUCGCGAGUCGCGGAUGACCGACUGCAGAAUGCAGGCUGCAAGUUGCAACGGUUGUCGGUUACUCGGUUAACGGGAAGAGAUUUCGGCGGCGGCGAGCGCAAGUGCGGUGGAUGUGGAUCCGUUCUGUUUCCCGUACCGCGCGCGUUUGUGAGGUUAUGUUUGCUUUGUUGUCACUCGAUAUUCUAUGUAUAUACAUGUACGUUUUUGUGUGCUGCGUGUAGUGUGUUACUAUUAUUAUUAUUAUUAUUUAUUUUUCCACUGCGCUCUCCGCCGUUGCAACCGCAUUACCUGUAUAUGAGUUCUUGAAUGUCCAUCAGACAUCAGCGCUGUUUUCCCGAGUGUCCUGUACGCAACCCGUCUCGCCGAUCGUUUUUCUCGUGCAGCCGUCGCCGUCUUUGCCGCACUCAGCCAAAGCGUUUUGCGUUCAUACUACUUUUUUUUUUAAUUUAAAAAAAAAGGUGAAAUCAUGACAGAUUCCAUAAAGUUUGGUCCAGAGUGGUUAAGAAAUAUGUCUCAAGGCAUAUCAAAACCUCAGCUUGCUGAACAUCGUUAUGGUCGAGAAGAAAUGUUAGCCUUAUUUGAUAUCUCGUCGUGUAAUAUUCCACCAGAAUCGCUUAAGGAACUGUCUAUGGUGUAUAAUGACAAACCUCAAAAUCCAUUGUCUCUACAACAAAUGUCUGAAGAAGAAACUAGACUUUGGAAUCGAGGUAUAAAUAGUGAUACCGUUAUCAGGGCAUCUGUUCGAACAACUGGUGGUAGAGGUACUGCUAAUAUUGAAGUUCGUGGAGGUAGUACAAGUGCCAGAGGACGAGGUGGUCGUGGUGGUUAUUAUUAUAAUACUACACGGCCAGGUUAUGAAGAAGGCCCAGAAGGUGGAGGCUCACCAAUGAACCGAGGUCCUCACAGACCUUUUGAAAGACUUAACUCGAAUGAAAGAAAUAUGAAUCGCAAUGGUGAGUAUUCCAAUGAUUGGAGAGGAAGAGAUGAAUCAAAUUGGUGGAGGAAAAAUAGAGGUGGAGCACAUCAAGGCCAAUCUGACGAAUCUAAUGGUCGUUGGGGACGAACUCGUACAGAUUCUUAUAACAAUGAUAGAUGGCCUGCAGGACGGCCUACAUCAAAAUAUGAUGAAGAUGAAGGAUGGGAUCGUGGUGAAUCUAGAUGGUCUAAUAAUGCCACAACUCACGAACGCCGAAAACUUGAUUGGGGAGAAACCUUGCCGGAAUGGGCUGUUGAUAAUCCCGGUGAAAAAGGUGGAAGUUUUGAUUCAUCUGGUGCCUUCCAUGAUAAUCAUUAUGAAGACGAACACCACUAUAAUAUGGGAGAUGAACUGUCUCGAGAAGAGGGACGAGAAUAUGAAGAAAACAAUGAUAAUGGGGAUACAAAUGUUAAUAAUGUAGAAAGCUCAAAUAUCUCACCUAUAGACGAUAAACAGUUAAAUGGCCGAGAAAAAGAAGAAGUUGUAUCAUCUUCAAUAUCUACUUCACCGUCGCAUAAUGAAGAAGCAAUUUCUUCCCCUGAACGUUUUAAAUCCAUGAGACAACAGCAUCAACAUAAAAUAAAUGCUCAAAUAACUAAAGAUGUAUUUAUACAAAAUGAACAAGUAAUGAUAAAUCAUCCUGAACCUGUAAGAAUCCAGCAGGUUCCAGAUAUUCCAGUUAUUCAUAGCAAAAGCAGUCCAGCAAUUCCACUUAUGUCUGACUGUCAACCUAAUAAAAUUGAAAAUAUCAAAAACUUGAGAGAAAUGCCUGGUAUAGGGAAUCAUAUUGAGAAUACUAAUAUUAACCCCAUCCAUCGAUCAACAAGUUUAAAUGCUAAUGCUCACCAUCGAAUUGAUUCAUUGGAUGCUGAGGCUGAAUCAAUGGUGUCUAGAUUAACCAGUGAUAACUUCAAAAUAGGACCUUCUUCACAUUCUCCACUCGCUCCUCUUACUAACAACAAAUGGUAUUAUAGAGAUCCCCAAGGCGAAGUUCAAGGUCCUUUCUUGACAACUGAAAUGGCAGAAUGGUAUAGCUUGGGAUAUUUUCAUGACAACAUGUUAAUGGUGAAGAGAGCAUGCGAUGAACAUUUUUAUUCCUUGGGUGAUCUUGUGCGAUUAAAAGGAAAUGUACCAUUUUCAGACACUCCAUUUUCGGAACAUGAUGUAAAAAUUAGCAGCCGAAUAGGAGUACAACCUCCUCCAACACACAACCCAUACACAAUGAAUGAAUCUUUGGUUCUUCAACAACAACAGCAACAGCAACAAUACCAAUAUAGACAAUUAUUUUUAAAGCAAAGAGAAUUAGCUAUUCAAAGUGCAGUUCAUCAACUAUCACAAUCUGAAAGGUGGAAUACUCUGUCGCCCAUUGAACAACAACAGUUGAUAAUGCAUCAUAUUCGAAAUGUAGAAGCUAACACAGGAAUUCCUCCGAUGUUUGCACCUCCCAUUCUUCCACAACCACAGCCGACACCUAAUAUACAUCCCAUGAAUCAACCGCCUAAUAACAAUUUAAUGGUGAUGUUAUCCCAUAUGCAACAACAACAACAACAACAGCAGCAACAACAUUUCAACCAUCAAAUUGAUCCUAAACACAUUCAUUCUGUACCACCCUCUCAACCAAUGACACAACAACUCGACCCUCUCCAUUCGUUAGUACAGAGUAUGGGAGGUCUAAAAACAUCCACACCACCACCAGUAAAUUCAAGUCACCACCAUCAAAGUUCCAAUAUUAUUCGACCAAGUAGCGCUCAGCCAGAAAACAAUCCUAUAUCAGAUCUUUUAAGGCAAUUGGGUGCACCUCAAGAUAAACCUCUCAAAGUUAAUCAUCAGAUAACUGAAACGAGUGUAUGGGGUAUGGAUUUUUCUGGUCCAGACAGUAAACCUAAAAUGAAUGGUCCAAUCGGAAUUAGUGGUUGGCAAACCGGGCCUUCAAAUGAAACAUCUCAACAAACACCUGGUGUUUUGUGGGGAUCUGGAGAGUAUACUAAAAUUAUUGGGGCUGACCAUAAAGCUAUUGAAGAAACAAUAAAAGAAGAAGCAAGACGAAGUCAAGAAGCUAGAAAACAAGAAAUUAAACAAAACGAACAGAUAAAAAAAAGAGAAGCAGAGAAGUCUAGAUUACAAAAAGAGUUAAAAAAAAAACAAGAACUUGAAAAAGCUCAACUGGAAGAAGAAAAAAAAAAGGAAGAAGCUCGUAGAAUCAAAGAGCAUGAAAAAAAGUUAAAAGAAGAGGCAGAAAAGAAAAGAAAUGAGAAAAGAAAAUUAGAAGAGGAACAAACAAAAAAACGUGAGUAUGAAAAAAAAAUAAAAGAGGAGAAAGAAAAAAGACUGUUGGAAGAAAAGAAGAAAGAGGAAGAAAAACGACUUCUUGAAGAAGAAAAAAAAAGAAAAUCUGAUUUGAAAAAAAAGGAAGAACAGAAGAAAAAAGAUGAUCAAAAAAAGAAGGAUGAUUUAAAACGAAAGGAAGAUACUAAAAAACAAGACCUGAAGAAAAAAGAAGAUGAAAAUAAAAAAAAACAAGAUACCUCCAGAUCAAGUUCUGUUCCCAUAGUUACUGAGCCACAAAAGAAAAAGAAAAAAGACCCUCAAACAGUGGCACAUAAUGGUGUAGAAGCAUCUGCACCAUGGGCUGCUGCGGAUCAAAAAAAACAAGUGCAAGUAAAGUCAAUGGCUGAAAUUCAAGCUGAAGAACAAAAACGUGAACAACUGAUGAAACAAAAAGAACGUGAACGCACUGAGCGAGAGAUAUCUAUGGUAGCAAUUGAACAGGCCAAACAAGAAAAAGCAAGAUCUGCAGUUAAAAUGCAGUCUUGGUCUACUGUAAUCACUAAAAAUGUUCCUCAGUCUACUCCCGUGGCUAACAAUUCUGUUUGGGGAUCAUCCAAUCAAAUGAAUACUGAUAAACCAAUGGUUCAAAAAUCUAAUAAAACCCCCGCUGUGACAGUUAAUAAUAAAAGUAAUGUAAAGAAUGUAUCAAAAACUGUAAAUCAAACUGUACAGCAAACAAAUGCAAUGAAGAAAGCUAUAGAAAGUAGAGGUGAAAAUAAUAAUUGUACUGACGAAUUUAGCCAGUGGUGUUGUAAACAUUUAGCAACUCUCAAUAAAAAUACUAUUGACAUACCAACAUUUGUGACGUUUUUAAAAGAUGUUGAAUCUGAGUAUGAAGUAAAGGACUACAUUCAGAGUUAUCUGGGUGAUAAUAAAGAAGUUCGAGAAUUCAGUAAACAAUUCUUUGACAAACGCUUAAAAAUACAAAAUAAACAAAGAAGUUCUGAUUUUGUGGAAAUGAAAAGUAAAAACAAAAAACGGAAUAAGAUGGUGCCACUAGAUAAUAAAGUACUUGGCUUUAAUGUGGUCGCUUCGGAACGUAUCAAUGUCGGUGAACUUGAUCUUGGCGAAUAGGAGUGAUCAUAUAAGUGAUAACAUAUCAGCUCGUUUUAUGUAAUCUUGGUUUUUUUAGGAACGAUUUAGGCCUUGAAAAUUAAAGAAAACAAUCUUUA